AGUAACUAUGCCGAGAAAAGCGAGAUCACUUUCGAAGAGAAAGACCAUGUAAUCCUGUACCAUUAUAUCUUUCGGAUCAAAAAUGGCGGGCUUUUCAAUCUUCGAAACUCUACACGUUGUGGAUUCGUUGUGGUAAACUGUCUAUUUGUUUUGGCCAUGGCUACAUUGGAUAGCACCUCUGAACUCAGUAAUCUUUUGGAUACUUGGCGAAAGGAAGAUCAGGAUAAUGUAUCACCCGUUAAAGUACUAAAAAGGUUGGUAAAGUAAAAUAGUAGUAGUAUUUUUUGGUAAAAUUUCCGCACAGCCCCCUACUAUCGUAAAAACAAAAGCUGUUUCCCCAAUGGCAAUGUGUUGUUUUUGUCAUUGCUUUCUCUAUCCAAGAACUAAAUGCAUAAUGUAGGAUGGGGCUGUGCGGAAAUUUUACCCCUGCUUGUGUUAAAACUAUUGUUGGAUUGGCAUGUGGCUGUAAUUACAUACCAAAAACAUUUUCUUUUCCCCUCUCAGAACGAAUGAAACAUAGCAUGGAAAGGCACUGUUCAGAAAUGAUGAAUUUAUGGACAAACUAAUGAACUCCUACAUCAUGAGCACUGUGGAACAGUUUGAUCUGAACUGCACUGCAGCCAGAGUGUUGUUAAAUGCCAUACCUGGGCUGGAAAGUGCUGCAGUUUUUCAGGAUAUGGUAAGUUUAGCAAAGGUAUUCUAA